GGAGGCGGGGCGGCCGGGGCCGCCUUCCCGGGCGCGAUCCCCUAGCGCAGCACCCAGCGCUGCCGAACCACCUCCCCCGCUGCCCGCUAGCAAGUUUGGCAGCUUCGUGCCCGGCGCGCCUCGGGAUCGAGGCGCAUUUGUUUCCUCCUGGAUUCCGCGCGCCCCGUUAGGCGGGGACCCUCGGGAGCGAUGCCGAGGGAUGUGAUUUUAGUUGUGUGGUUCUGCGUGUGCACCGCCAGGACAGUGGUGGGAUUCGGGACGGACCCUGACCUGCAGGUGGAUAUUAUCGCUGAGCUCGACCUCGUGAACACCACCACUGGCGUCACUCAGGUGUCCGGACUGCACAAUGCCAGCAAAGCGUAUUUAUUUCAAGAAACAGAAAGAGAGAUCCAUGCAGCCCCUCAUGUGAGUGAGAAGUUAAUCCAGCUGUUCCGGAAUAAGAGCGAAUUCACCUUUUUGGCCACUAUACAGCAAAAGCCAUCGACUUCAGGAGUGAUCCUCUCCAUUCGAGAGCUAGAACACAGCUAUUUUGAACUAGAGAGCAGUGGUCUGAGGGAUGAGAUCCGAUAUCACUAUAUACAUAACGGGAAGCCCAGGACCGAGGCGCUUCCAUACCGGAUGGCAGAUGGACAGUGGCACAAGGUCGCUUUGUCAAUUAGUGCCUCUCAUCUCCUGCUCCACGUCGACUGCAACAGGAUUUAUGAACGUGUGAUAGACCCUCCUGAAACCAACCUUCCCCCAGGAAGCAAUGUAUGGCUUGGUCAACGCAAUCAAAAGCAUGGCUUAUUCAAAGGAAUCAUCCAAGAUGGGAAAAUCAUCUUUAUGCCAAAUGGAUACAUAACUCAAUGUCCGAACCUAAAUCGCACUUGUCCAACUUGCAGUGAUUUCUUAAGCCUGGUGCAAGGAAUAAUGGAUUUGCAAGAGCUUUUGGCCAAGAUGACUGCAAAAUUAAAUUACGCAGAGACGAGACUUAAUCAAUUGGAAAACUGUCAUUGUGAGAAGACGUGUCAAGUGAGUGGACUUCUCUAUAGAGACCAAGACUCCUGGGUUGAUGGCGAUCACUGCAGGAACUGCACAUGCAAAAGUGGUGCUGUCGAAUGUCGAAGGAUGUCCUGUCCCCCUCUCAAUUGCUCCCCAGACUCCCUCCCCGUGCACAUUGCUGGCCAGUGUUGUAAGGUCUGCCGACCAAAAUGCAUCUAUGGAGGAAAAGUCCUUGCAGAAGGCCAGCGGAUUUUAACUAAGAGCUGCCGUGAAUGCAGAGGUGGAGUUUUAGUAAAAAUUACAGAUGCAUGCCCUCCUUUGAACUGCUCAGAAAAGGACCACAUUCUCCCAGAGAAUCAGUGCUGCAGUGUCUGUCGAGGUCAUAACUUUUGUGCAGAAGGACCUACAUGUGGUGAAAACUCGGAGUGUAAAAACUGGAAUACAAAAGCUACUUGUGAGUGCAAGAAUGGCUACAUUUCUGUCCAGGGAGACUCUGCCUACUGCGAAGAUAUUGAUGAGUGUGCAGCUAAGAUGCAUUACUGUCAUGCCAAUACUGUGUGUGUCAACUUGCCUGGGUUAUAUCGCUGUGACUGUGUCCCGGGAUACAUUCGCGUGGAUGACUUCUCCUGUACAGAGCAUGAUGAAUGCGGCAGCGGGCAGCACAACUGUGACGAGAAUGCCAUCUGCACCAACACUGUCCAGGGACACAGCUGCACCUGCAAACCGGGCUAUGUAGGAAAUGGGACCAUCUGCAGAGCUUUCUGCCAAGAGGGCUGCAGGUACGGUGGAACAUGUGUGUCUCCUAACAAAUGCGUCUGUCCUUCUGGAUUCACAGGAAGCCACUGUGAGAAAGAUAUUGAUGAAUGCACAGAGGGAAUCAUUGAGUGCCACAACCAUUCCCGCUGCGUUAACCUGCCAGGGUGGUACCACUGUGAGUGCAGAAGCGGUUUCCAUGACGAUGGGACCUAUUCACUGUCCGGGGAGUCCUGUAUUGAUAUUGAUGAAUGUGCCUUAAGAACCCAUACCUGUUGGAAUGAUUCUGCCUGCAUCAACCUGGCAGGGGGCUUUGACUGCCUCUGUCCCUCUGGGCCCUCCUGCUCUGGUGACUGCCCUCAUGAAGGAGGACUGAAGCGCAAUGGACAAGUGUGGACCUUGAAAGAAGACAGGUGCUCUGUCUGUUCCUGCAAGGAUGGAAAGAUCUUCUGCCGACGGACAGCUUGUGAUUGCCAGAAUCCAAGCGUUGACCUUUUCUGUUGCCCAGAGUGUGACACCAGGGUCACAAGCCAAUGUUUAGAUCAAAAUGGACACAAGCUCUAUCGAAGUGGAGACAAUUGGACUCAUAGCUGCCAGCAGUGCCGGUGUCUGGAAGGAGAGGUAGACUGUUGGCCACUCACUUGCCCCAAUCUGAGCUGUGAGUACACAGCCAUGUUGGAAGGGGAGUGUUGUCCCCGCUGUGUCAGUGACCCCUGCCUGGCUGAUAACAUUGCCUACGACAUCAGAAAAACUUGUCUGGACAGCUAUGGCAUUUCAAGGCUGAGCGGCGCAGUGUGGACAAUGGCUGGAUCUCCCUGCACAACUUGCAAAUGCAAGAAUGGAAGUGUCUGCUGUUCUGUGGAUUUGGAGUGUCUUCAUAAUAAUUGAAGUAUUUAAAAUGGACUCAUCAUUGCGGGAGAAAAAUGGACGAAGUGACCAUCCAGCAUGGUGAAGAACAGGAAUUGGUGUUUUGUUUCGUUUUUUACCACAAUUACCAAAGUCUCCAUCUGAGGAAGGUGUUUGGGGGUUGCCUUUUGGAUCUAUCACUUUGUUCAUUCUUGCUAACCUAGUCUAGGUGACCUACAGUGGUUGUUAUAAGAAGUUUCCCGUGUUGUAAAUCACGUUUCCCUCAUCAAAUCAUUUGCAAAUACAUUUAAAUGAUCUCAUGGUAAAUGUUGAUGUGUUUUUUGGUUUAUUUUGUGUACUAACAUAAUAGAGACUCAGCUCUUUUUAUUUUUUUUCUUGAGUUUUGGAUCAAAUUCUACAAAUAAAGUUGCCUGUUGUGA